GCCAUUUUGAAGUUCAGUUCUUCUUCAGAGAGGAGAGGGAUACUGCGUCGAAUUCGAAUUUAACAUAGCUCAAAUCAUUAUAUUCGAUACUUUAUAGAAAAGGGAACAUAACGGAACAUUGAAUAUUAUGUAGUAUUCGUUUAAGACUAUUUUCUCCUCAACCGUUUUCUAUUUGUAGUUAGCUUGUCAGUCGGAAGAAACGCUAUGCCGAGUCACCCGCUGCGCGUGGCGGUGGUGUGCUCGAGCAACCAGAACCGCAGUAUGGAGGCGCACAAUAUUCUCAGCAAGCGUGGUUUCGAAGUGCGGUCAUUUGGGACUGGGACCCACGUGAAGCUGCCAGGCCCAGCGCCAGACAAGCCUAAUGUGUACGACUUCAAAACUACUUAUGAGCAGAUGUACAACGAUUUAGUCCGCAAAGACAAGGAACUAUAUACACAGAAUGGAAUCCUGCACAUGCUCAACCGCAACAAGCGCAUUAAAGAGCGUCCCGAACGCUUUCAGAGCUGCAAGGACCAGUUCGACCUGGUGAUCACCUGCGAGGAGAGGGUCUACGACCAGGUGCUGGAGGACCUGAGCUCCCGGGAGCAGGAGACCUUUCAGCCCGUUCACGUCAUCAACGUUGAUAUUCAGGACAACCACGAGGAGGCAACACUGGGAGCUUUCCUCAUCUGUGAGCUCUGCCAAUGUAUCAAGCACACAGAGGACAUGGAGAACGAGAUGGACGAGCUCCUGCAGGAGUUUGAGGAGAAGAGCAGUCGGCCUUUCCUGCACACGGUCUGCUUCUACUGACGCUCUCCGCUCCCCCCCCCUCCCCUCCCCGCCUGCGCCCGCUGCCUCCAACGCACCCCCCUCUGCAGAAGCCCCCCUGUGUCCCGCUGCCUCCCCGGCAGCCUGGCUCACUGUGUGGUCUCUGCAGGGUUGUACAGAGUCUGGCCACAUCUCUAUGUGGGCUACCCGCUCAAACUCGUACACACUAUUAAGUCCCUCUUAUAUACACACACACGCACACACAGACACCCUCACACAGACAGUGUGUCCUCCCUCCCACUCCAGUCGGUCAGGGUUGAGCACACACACACACACACACACACACACACACACCCUCACGCAGAUACACACACACACACACACACACACACACACACACACACACCAGUCGGUCAGGGUUGAGCAGACACAGAGGUGAUUGUGUUCUCUCCUUCUCCCUCUGGUUAGUCAGCAGGUCGUUCCUCUCUCUCUGCCUCCUUUCCUCAUGCUGAGAUAGCCCCAUCCAACUAUUAAAACCACUGACCCAUGCACCCUUCCCCUAAAGAAAACUUAUCUUUGUGACAAAAUCAGUGCCCCACUCUGCUCUGGAGCUGAAGUGUGGGUGGGGGUGCGGGGGUAAGCUUUGUUGGCAGAGAAACUUGGGUUUCCUUUCACCUUCAAAUAAUAAUUGGACGGUGGUUACAGCUCGGUUUGAUUUGUUUACAUUAUUAUUCUUUAUUCGGUAAAAGAUUGUUUUUCUUUUUUUUGAGUUGGAGAGAAGAGAUGAUGAGGAAUGUGUGCAUGUUUGCAUUUGCGAAAGUGACUUGACUGGGGGAAGUGUGUGUGUUUGUGUGUGUUAAAAUUAACUAAUAAUGAACAACCUUAAGAACCUCAAGGUUAUAUUUUCACCUUUAUGAUUGAUAAGAUUUUGAAUUCUUGCAAUUUACAGCUCUUUUCAGGAGAUGAGUGUUUCUUUUUUGUUUUUUUGUAAAUUGUAGAGAAAUUAUUGCAAGCAGUGAGGUAAAGUCCAGAGUGCCUGUUCUUCUGUCUGUAAAUAAUAUAAAUAUUGCAUAGGAAUAAAAAUAAAAAUCUCUUGGAACAAA